GUAGAAUUCUGUAUACUUUCACUAGCUGCUGUCCUUGGUGGAAUGGAGCAAGGAAGAAUCGAGGAAGAAGUCCAUGCUCUCCAUAUAUGUUGCCCAAUCUGCUCUUUGGCAGAUGCGCAGUCUACACCGUCUAUCAUUCUGAAUGGAGAUCAGGAUCUCUUGCGUGAGAUACGAUCAGUAUGUCCACACUUUUUGCACUCUGGUCAAUUUGGUCGACAUCCCGACAACCCCAUUUUUGGUAGGGUUGGAUUGGAAAUAGGUUUGUUAUUGGGGUGGAAUGCUGCUGGCGGCACGAAUUCUCAUUGGUCGUAUCCGCCCGCAGAAUCAAUGCCCAGCACGGCCACACUCGACCUUGAAUCAUAUGCAACUGGAGGCAUCGGAGGCUGA